AUGGCGCGCGCUGAGAGGCUGAGAGGUGUGGUCGCGAACCGUGCGCUACAGCUUCUGAGGCUUGGGACGGAGCUGGGGGAGUCUCACCUCGCUGAGAUUGGACUAGUCACCACUCUUUUAGACUCGAAUGCCCAGGAUCGUGACGCCAUUGCCAAUGACUCUCUGUACAUGUUCACUGGUCAAUUGGUCAAUUGGGCAGCACCGGAUCCCCCGGAAAUGCUUGGUGCUUUGCAGGUAGAGGACGGGAUGGCAUUCCAGCUGAACUUCCCACCAAGUCAAGUGAGAGGCUCUUCGAGCUCAUCCCACCAUCACGGAGGUGGCGGUGAUCGGGCGCGGCAGUGUGCAGGUGUCCCAGCCAGAAAUACUAUUCCACUUGACUCGUCUGGCUACAGAUAA